AUGCCAUCUGUCCCCGAACAACUCGACCCCUCCCAAUUCGAUUCCAUUCCCGACACCAUCGCCGCAUUUCGCGCCGGCAACUUCGUCGUAGUCCUCGACGACCCCCAUCGCGAGAAUGAAGCGGACCUUAUCAUCGCCGCCGACUCCGUGACCCCCGACCAAAUGGCCUUCAUGAUCCGGCACUCGUCCGGCCUGAUCUGUGCGCCGAUAACCCCACAGCGCGCCUCUGAACUCGACCUCCCCCAAAUGGUCUCCCACAACCAGGACCCUCGCGCCACCGCCUACACCAUCUCGGUCGAUGCCGAACACCCCAGCGUCACAACUGGCAUCUCCGCGCAUGACCGUGCGCUCGUUUGCCGGUUCCUCGCCGACCCUACCAAGACAGCGGCAGAUUUCCGCCGCCCAGGACACGUCCUCCCGCUACGGGCCCGUCCGGGAGGUGUCAGACAAAGGAGGGGGCAUACCGAGGCGGCGGUGGAGCUGUGCCGGCUGGCGGGUAAGCAGCCUGCAGCGGUAAUCUGUGAACUUGUGGAUGAUGGAGAGGAGGUGCCGGGGCAGGCGGUCAGGCGGGGGUCGGGCAUGUUGAGGGGGAGAAGUGCAUUGAGUUUGCGAGGAAGUGGGGGCUGA